UUUCCUCUCCACCGGGAUAAAUAUGUAAAUCCUAUCCUAUCCAGUACCGGUAUUAUGAGAUGUCAAAUAAAUAAUUUUGAUGUGCUACCGGUACCGGUAGCUGUGCAAAACCGACCGAUGCACUUCUGCACUUGGAGCAAGUAGUCUCAUACCGGUAAGUCGUAAUCACUAUUCACUACCGUCACCGGUACGGUACCGCCUUGCCAGAUUGUAGACUAUGUCAGUAUGUUCAUUUCCUUUGACCACCUAAGCUAUUUCUUUUUGUAUCAGUAUUAAUAUAGCCUACCAGUAAUUACUCAAAUAUAAAAUUUGAAUAGUUUCAGAGUGACAAAUGUCAAAUUAUCAAAGAACCUGGCAUUGUCUGUACAACAAUACCGAUACCCUACAUUAAAAAUAUCUGGAAGUUAUUUCCAUCAUGGACAUUUCGGAUAUAGUUUCAAAAUCUCGAGAUUUUGUUGAUGAUAUUGAGAAACUUCGAUGUUAUUGGGAGAGCAAGACUCACUGGUACGUCAGAAAAACAUUUCUUCUUCACAACUGGGAUGACUUCAAGGAUAAAGAUCGUUUAAUUUGUCUUUCUCAAGCAUGGGUCAAUGUUCAUUUUGUGGAAAUAGAUAUCCCCAAGAAGUGAUGGACACAUUGAAAGAUAUGUAAGAAGGACUCGAACCUCCAGAUAAAAUGCUCCGGGAUGCAGAGAUCCAGGUGAUUGGAUUUGUUGAUGAUACACCAAGAAUGAAAAAUAUGCAUGAUACUUCCAAAUUACCACAUACUAUUUUCCAAUGAGAUUUGUAAAAUCAGGCACAGGAAAUACAAAAAUAUCUGACAAUGAAUUGUCAUCAGAUCAAAUUGAUGAACAAUUAAGUAAAACAAAAAUAUGAAUGUAAAUAAAAGGCCAAAUGAAGAUGAAAUUGAAGAUGUGAUAGAAAUAAAACGAACAAAAGUUGAUGGAAAUAUUACAAGUCAACCAGAGUCUCAAAAGGAAAUCAUUAAUAAAAAUUUUACUCAGCCAACAUUAAUUACGGAUAGAGUUCCAACAAUGCCUACGGAUGCAACGUGUGUAAAAAUUAAUUUGAAUUCAGAAGAAUAUGAAAUGUUGAAAAAUUUCAUUAUUCCCAAAAAAGUGAACGAAUCUCCUUUAUCUGUUAUACAACCAUCUACUUCAUUUUGUCUCAUCUCAGAAGAAUAUGUUUUUGAACAACAAUACGAUAAUGAGGUUAUUAAAAGUCACAGUUGUUCAUUAUAUCUGGGUGGUGUCUUAGUAGGAAAAGCAUUUGCUAAUCAGAAGAAGUCAGCAAAAUAUGCAGCUGCCUUUUCAGCACUGGAAUUAUUACAAACAACGCAACCAACUAUAUUAGUUUCUCAACCUGGGGAUCUAGACAGUGCAAUAUCAAGGGAUGACAUCGCUGCGAAGACUGGUUCUGUGGCUGGACAGAAAAUAUCAGAUACAAAUUUAGGAAAUCAGUUGCUACGAAAGAUGGGAUGGAAAGGCGAAGGUGGUCUUGGGAAAACAGGUUCAGGAAUAUCUGCACCAGUAACUGUGAAAGAAACAUAUGGCAGAUUUGGUCUUGGUGUAGAAGAAAUUGGAAAAAAUAUAAUAAGGUUUAGAGAAGCUGACAAUGUUAUCAGAAAUUAUGCCUGUUCACAAAGAACAGAUCAUCUUACAUUUUCUCCUGAGCUUACAAACAUAGAACGAGCAAAGAUCCACAAACUCGCUAAAAAGUAUACUUUGAUUAAAUAA